CUCUUCUCAAUUCUUACAACAGUCUACCAGCAACCCAACCAAGUCAGACCAGUCCCAUAAUUUUAUCCACCAUGCUCUCUUUGCCAAUUCCCCUCCCUCAGUCUCUUCCAAAAUGCGACGGCCCUUUGCCGCCGUCGUAUGACCUGCAGGAUCUCAUUCGCGAUAUCAAGUCAUACCUGGGUGAAACAUCGGGAAUCGAUGCUGCCAGCGUCAAUGCAGAGUACUUGAUAUCUCUGGUUCAGAAAUACGUCUCGAACCCUGACGACUGGGUGCAAUUCUUCCACUGUGACCCAAGCAAGAAUUACACCCGCAAUGCCAUUGAGAACAUCAAUUCCAAGGCUAAUAUCCUCCUCCUGGUCUGGAACCCAGGCAAGGGCUCUCCCGUCCACGACCACGCCAACGCCCACUGCAUCAUGAAAGUGCUGGCUGGCGAGUUGAUGGAGACCGUGUACCACGCGCCCGAGACCGAAGUCGACAAGUCGGCUCCUCUCAGGUUGAAGUCCCAGACGGUGCACCCGAUGGACGCGGUCACGUAUAUCUCGGAUGAUAUCGGGCUUCAUCGCGUGCACAACCCCAGUCCCAACCAGGUGGCUGUUUCUUUGCACCUGUAUACUCCGCCUAACGCUGCGGACUAUGGAUACCAUAUCUUCGACGAAACGACGGGCAAGGCCAGCUUCGUGCCCCAGGCUCGGUCGUUCUUGAAGCCGGAGACGUCCGAGUGCAAAGCCUAAUAAGCCACUGUGCGUCAUUGUCUAUUCACGGAGAGGCCGAAGCGGGUCUUCAGUCGAGGCUCUCCCUUUAUGAUAUUACGAUACCCUUUGCUUUCGAGCGCUUGUUGCAUUCUCGGGGUUUUUUCUUGCCCGGGGUUUGUUUCCUCGGUCCUCUGUUUCGGCUCUUUUUGACACCUUGUGGUGUAUUCUUAGUUUCUAGAAUAAUAUUACUACCCUUUAUUCCUGCU